AUGGCGAGCGGAACCGGUUUGUUAGAGCAACAGUCGUUGGAGCAACAGUCGUUGGAGCAACAGUCAUUGGAGCAGCAGUCGUUGGAGCAGCAGUCGUUGGAGCAGCAGUCGUUGGAGCAGCAGUCGUUGGAACAACAGUCGUUUGAGCAACAGUCGUUGGAGCAACAGUCGUUGGAGCAGCAGUUGUUGGAGCAGCAGUCGUUGGAACAACAGUCGUUUGAGCAACAGUCGUUGGAGCAACAGUCGUUGCAGCAGCAGUUGUUGGAGCAGCAGUCGUUGGAGCAACAGUCGUUGGAGCAGCAGUCGUUGGAGCAACAGUCGUUGGAGCAGCAGUCGUUGGAGCCACAGUUGUUAGAGCAACAGUUGUUGGAGCAGCAGUCGUUGGAGCCACAGUUGUUAGAGCAACAGUUGUUGGAGCAGCAGUUGGAGCAGCAGUCGUUGGAGCAGCAGUCGUUGGAGCAGCAGUUGUUGGAGCAACAGUUGUUGGAGCAACAGUCGUUGGAGCAG